CUAUAUUCUCUUUUGUGUGCGCCUUUGGGCAUUGCUGGGUGAUCUCUCUUCUCUUGCCCAUUGGAGACUCACUGGGAAUUUACUGUGUGCGCGCCCCCGUGACUUCUUUGCCAGAUUUAUUCUCUAUUCAAUUACAACACUGGAAAGAAGGAAGAUAUUGAAGUGGAUUCCAUCACGUACCAUCGGGCAAAAUGUCUGAUAAUGAUAAGGAUAAGGACUCAUCCGUCCGGGUUGCUGUUAGAAUCCGCCCACAAAUACCCCGAGAAAUCAUCGACAUGUGUCGUGUUUGUACACAGGUGACACCGAAUGAGCCUCAAGUGCUCCUUGGCACUGAUAAAGCCUUCACAUAUGAUUUUGUGUUCGACAUGGAUGCAACACAGGCUGAGAUAUACGACAAAUGUGUGGAAAAGCUAAUUGAAGGGGCACUCAGGGGCUACAAUGCAACAGUUUUGGCUUAUGGACAGACUGGCUCAGGGAAAACGUAUACGAUGGGUACGGGAUUCGAUAGAGAGAUUAUUGAGCUGCAAGAGGGUAUAAUACCGAGGGCUGUGAGACACCUAUUUAGUGGUAUUGAAGAUGUUCAGGCACGUGGAGAAGAUAGUGAUGGUGUUGUGGUUGGACCCGUGCAAUUUAGUGUUGCUGCACAAUUUAUGGAACUCUACAAUGAGGAAAUUAUUGAUCUCCUUGAUCCCUACAAUAAAGGGAAAGUUUAUAAAAUUCACGAAGAUCCCGCUGGUGGGAUAUCCGUUGCUGGUGCAACAAUAAAACCCAUUGCAGGUCCACAGGAUGCACUCAGAUGUCUGCAACAGGGUGCUCUGGCGAGAACAACUGCAUCAACACAGAUGAAUGCACAGUCGUCGCGAAGUCACGCACUAUUUACCAUCCUCAUACGCCGGCAGCGUGUUAUGAGUGCCGAAGAGAGUGGGAUGCCAGAUGGGGAUUUGGAGACGCUCACGUCGAAAUUCCAUUUUGUCGAUUUAGCAGGAUCGGAGCGCCUUAAGCGUACAGGAGCGACAGGUGAACGUGCCCGCGAGGGGAUCUCCAUCAAUUGUGGCCUUCUGUCGUUGGGGAAUGUCAUCUCAGCACUGGGUGAUAAGUCAAAGAAGGCAUCACACAUUCCCUAUCGAGAUUCCAAGCUCACACGAUUGCUCCAAGACUCACUGGGAGGAAACAGUCAAACAGUGAUGAUAGCGUGCGUUUCCCCGAGCGAUCGUGAUUUCAUGGAGACGCUCAAUACGCUAAAAUAUGCAAAUCGUGCGCGAAAUAUUAAGAAUCGCGUACAAAUCAAUCAAGAUCAGAGUUCGAGGACCAUUUCACAAUUGCGCAGAGAAAUUGCAGCGCUACAGCUGGAAUUGCUUGAGUACAAGCAGGGUAAGAGGAGUGUCGAUGCCGACGGGAAUCCCGCCAUUUCGGAUACAUUCCAUGAGAAUGCAAUGCUCCUGCAGGACAAUAAGCGUCUACAGCAACGCUUGAAAGCCAUGCAAGAAUCCGUGAAUGCGCUAACAGAGAGAAAUGCUGAAUUGUUGUCGGAGAAGGCAAUAGCUGGAUGGGGUCCAAUUGGGGAUUCGGAUAAGUCAAUGAGUGAAAUGGUUGCGGGGUACUUGAAGGAGAUUGAGAAGCUAAAGGCAAAACUCAUUGAGUCAGAUCAGAUGUAUCAACAGCUGAAGAAGGCAACAAAUUCACCGAGGAAUAUAAAUAAGAAUCUCUUCUAUGCUGAUGAUGAUGCCGAUGAUGUGCUAACACUUGCCAAGAGGGAGAUUGAGAAGGAGAGGGAACUUCUAAUGUCUCGAUCACUGCCCGGACUUGAUGAUGCCAAUAAUCAGAAUGUGGAUAAUGAAUCGGCUGACAGUGAUUCUGAUACAGAAUCCGAUGAUAAGACUGGUGAAAUGCAGGCAGAACUCAAUGAUAUUAGUUCAGACAUUGAGCUAAAGACAAAGCUAAUUGAGCAGCUGGAACUCUCACAAUUGCGUAUGCGUCGAAUGCAGGAGCACUAUGAGGAGAAAUUGAAUGUGUUGACGGUUAAAAUUGCCGAUACACAGCGUGAGAGGGAUAAGGUGUUGUCCAAUAUGACAUCAAAUCAUCCAGCUGGUGGACCACCAUCGAGUGAUAAAGUGAAGAAAGUGCGGGAGGAGUACGAGAAGAAGUUGAGUGACAUGCAGCGCGAAAUGCGGAAGCUUCAGUCAGCUCAGAAGGAGCACCGUAGGCAGCAGCGUGAACUGCAAAUGCAGGAGGCACAGCUGAAGAGUCUCAAGAGUGAAUUGGCCGAGUUGAAGAGUAAUAAGAUAAAGCUCAUACGACGUAUGAAUGAGGAGACAAAGAGGCACAAUGAGGAGGAUAGUCGAAAGACACGGGAAAUUGCGCAACUCCGGAAGGAGGCGCGGAAGCAUCAGAACACCAUAAAGAGCCUCCAAGCGCAGGGAGCGGCAAAGGAUCAGGUGUUGAAGCGUAAAACGGAGCAGGUGUCUGCGUUGAGACGCAUCCAGAGAGCACCGCUGAGUGCAAAGGCAUCGGGCAGAGUUAAUGGUCGGAAGCACUUGGAUGAGUUCAAUGUGAGGCAGGCACGUGUAAAGUGGGAAACACUGCAGAGGGUAAUUUCUCGUGCAGCCCGCAGUCGUCAGGCUGUUGUGGAGCUCGAGCGGGAAUUGGAGCGUCUUCUCAGUGAUCGUGAUAUGUUGUGUCAUGAUCUGACUAAUCUCAAGAGGCGACAGAAGAUGCUACCGAGUCAGGAAUUGGCAUCCGAAGAGGAUGACAUUACGUCCAAUUUGAACUAUAUUCAAGAGAACAUUACUCAAGUGCAGCACGCUAUAAUAGAGCUCGAGGAGGGCAAGGAGUCCGCCACGGAGGCACACACGAUGCAGAGUCUCCUUGAGAGUGUCCGUACGGUGGAUGAGGCAAAAUUCUACAUGGAACGUCUCUGUGGGGCUGCAAUUGCACAAACAUGCGAUGUGGCCAUUACGGAGAUGCGUCUCAAGGAGAGAGAAGCCUUACUGAAUGAGGUGCAGCAGGAUAGUACGAUGCAGCAGCAACUUCUGCAGCAUGUUCUGUCGCAGACACCAAUUAAUUUUGGGAGUGGGGAUGGCUAUGCGGGAAGUAGCUCAAAUGCUGGUGGACGUCAAUCACCGACAAAUUCAAUAAGUAGCACGAGCACUUUUGACAUUCCGCCCAAUGCUUCAAUUCUCUCAGAGUUCUCUCGGGAUGCUACCAAUGGGCUCCUAAGUCCCUCAAGUAGUCGUAGUCCAUCGCCAAGCCUUGAAACGGACAGCACAAGGAGCUCAAUGAGAAUGACAAAGAUCAGAAGAUUGAAGGCAUUACCUCAGGAAUUACUAUUUGGAAGUUCCAAUGAAAAGGACGAUAGCAUGACAAGAUCUUAUCAUCUUCAGCAGGAAAGUGGGCGAAGUUUCAUACCAAUUUCCCGUGUACCAAGUGCUCCGGGAUCACUAAAAGGCCUACAACCAAAUCCAACACCGCAGUCACUGAGACCACCCAUUUCGCCGCUCUUCCCACGGAAAUCCUUUGAUACGGGUGCAACACCCCUUUCUCCAAGGCUCACAAGACGUCCUAUUCCCAAUAAGGCGUCACCGGGAUUAGAAGAAAACGAUGCAGUGGCAUCGCAAUCACCUCCUGUCUAUCGGCGAAUGAGCUCCCGGGAGGAGACGAGUGGAGAUGUCUUUUCGCGACUUGGUGCCGGAAUGCAGGAUCCACCACCCGGUGGGAGGAUACGUGAAUUCGAUGGCAAGGCAAGAGCCAAUGUUCCAUUGCAUUGCACACAUGUGGUCGAAGGACAUACGAAUUCCGUGCUGUCUGUGAGAGUUAUCGAUACGACGCUAUUCACAGCGGCUGCGGAUAGGACGGUGAAAGUGUGGGAUUUGACCACAGGAACAUCGUCGCAUUGCCUGUCAGCCCAUCCGGGUCCUGUGAUUGCCGUGGAAUACGAUAGCAAGAAACAUCUUCUCUUCUCUGCCUCCGCCGGGUUCAUUCGGGCAUGGGAUCUGCGAAUGAGCACCGCGAGGCCCGUAAAGACCCUUUGCUCCUCUGGGUCAACACUCUCGGGUUUGGCCGUACUGAAUCCCCUUCAAUCAGGCGAAAGUUCCAUCACCGCCCUGUGUAUGGGGGCAUCGGGGUCACUGUACACAGCGGCUUCGGAUAAAGUACGUAUUUGGGAUAUACGACAAUUUUCAUGCACUGGGAAACUUUCGGGGGGACAUCAGGCGGCUGUGAUGUGUGUUACGGCAUGGAGUGGACCGAAUAGUACGGACUUUGUGGCGACAGGUUCAAAAGAUCACUAUGUCAAGGUGUUUGAGGUACCAUCGUCAUCUGGGCUUGUAUUGCCACUCCUUCAUCUCGAACCACCGCACUACGAUGGCGUCCAAGCGCUCACAGUUGCCAAUGAUGGGGUGGGUGUGGAUGCAGAACUUUUCUCCGGGAGUCGCGAUACGGGCAUUAAGCGAUGGGACUUGAGGACUGGAGAGCUAAAGCAGUCACUGAAUAAUGCACACAAGGGCUGGGUAUCAGGCAUGGCAAUAUGUGGCGAUGUCCUCCUAUCCGGCUGUCGUGGUGGCAUCGUGAGGUUGUGGAGUGUUCGGACGUGUGAUUCACUGGCGGAAAUGAAGACAGAUUCACCCAUUAAUGAUAUCAUUGUGGCCGAUCAGCGCAUUUAUACAGCAUCCAAUGACGGAAAAGUCCGUCUUUGGCGUCUUUCAUCCACUGCAAAGAGAUUUCGGGCGGACAAUGGGAGAUGACAGCAAAUUCCCAAGCAUCCGAAAUCCUUCCUACGGCAGCCAAGCAUAAAAUUAUCUGGUGGCACAACAUCAAAUCAACAAGCGUCCAGGAGAAUUGUACCGGUGAGGCCUAAAAUAAUCUCAAGUCAAAAUGCAGGAAAUCAAUAUAUGAGCAAUUAUGCGAGUUUUAGAAUUUUGCCUUCAUAGAUAACAAAAAAAAAAUUGGAUAGAGAAAUAAUAUUAUAAUAUGAAAAUAAUGUGUUUCUGAGAAACGUAUUUGUGAGGAUAAUUCGUAGGAUUUUCAAUAUUAUAACCAAGUAAAAGAAAAACCCAACAAUUAUGAUAUUUGAAAGGAGUUUACAGUGAAGAGAUAUGAGAAAAAUAAUUUUUAAAACUUUUAGUAAUUUCAAUAAAAUUUAAAACUUUCUUUUAAAAACAAAGCCAUUAAUAUUGCCCCUGAUCUUAUGUUUAGGAAAAUUAGUCUUUUGCUUAGGAAUUAUUCCAUUUUACACAAGAAAAUAUUUUCUUUUUUUUUCUAAAGAACGUUUCUUCUGAUCAAAAAUAGAACACUUUCCUGAUCAAAAGACCAAUUUUUUGUCCAAAAUAAAAUUAAUGCCGAGAGAACUUGAAAGGUAUAGCAAAGCAAUAAAAGCUCUCUGUGGAAAAAUCAACAGAAAAGGUGCAAUUUUGCUUGAUGAAGAAACGCGAAGAAGGAAAAGGAAAACUUUCAAAAUUGGCCAUCAUUUUUUUUUCUCCGUAGUAUGGCAAUUAAUUAAUAACAAUUAAAAUUAAAUGAAAACUUCGCCGUUUCUCAUUGCAAAGUAAAAAAAAAUGUGGGUGGGUUUUAAAUUUAAAUUAUCAUCCGUGGAAGUUACUUUUUCUCUCGGUAUACACAUUACACCAAAAAAGAGGGAUGUUUUGUGUGAAAAUUUAUAACAGAUAUUUCAUUAUAUGAACACUCGGCGGGCAGAAAAGGAUUCAAGAGUGGCAAAAUUUUCAUACAUUCGCCUCAACAACUUGAUAACCAGGAGGAAAGUUUUUCCUCGAGAGAGAGUGAGAAAUGCCAAAAAUACUCAAAAUAUAAAUGCACAUUGUUUUGAUUCAUGAAUAAAUUAUAUUUUAUGACCAUUUAAAAUAAAUUUUGAAAGUACCUUCUCAUGAAAAACUCUUCUUUUUACCACAAAAUUUGUUUCUCAUCGGAUACAAGAAGUUUUGUGUUUGUCAAUGAGCCAAAGUUGAAGGUUUGAUAAAAAAAACGACGGAUAUUGAGAAAGUUUCAAUUUAGUAAAAAUUAUUUUACAUUUUCGUACGAAAAGUAUUUUAAAAAAAACUGGUAUUAAAUGUGUAGGGAUUUACUUGAUGUCCCAUGUAGGAUUUGAGAGAAUUUGAAAAGGAUUAAAAAAAAAUCGAUUUUAUUGAAUUAGGCAAAUCCUUUAAUUAAAAAUACGAAUUCAGCAAAAAAAUUAGAGGAAGGACUCGUUAGGAUGUUUUCAGUGAGCGCAACGAGACUAUAUAAUCCAUUAAAAAAACUUUUUACAAGAGCUCAACCAGAAGAAGAAUCAAGCGUGUAAAAAAAAAACAAGUCCUAAAAUUGAAAAUUUUGGAGUUUAUCAAUAAUUGAAAUUAAUAUUUCUUGCCACUGAAUAAACUCCAGAUUAACAGAAAAAAAUAUAAUUUUUUAGAACUAAAAAUUCAAUUUAUUGAACAAAAGAUAAGUAGGUAUUAAAAAGAAAGGUUAAAGGAAUCAAAAUUUAUUUUUUUUGUAGUUCUUUUAAAAAUAAAAAAUAUUUAAAUACAGUGCCGAGAAAAAGAUAGUUUUGGCCAGCCUGUAAAAAAAAGCUUUCUUUAGUAAAAGAGGUUUAGGCCUAAAAAACAUAAAAAAUAUUUUAUUAUCAGGAUAGAUUCAAUAAAAAAAAAAACAGAAAAAAAGAACAUUUCAAGUUUCAUUCUCUUAUUAUUAGCUAGAUUUUUUCAAACUAUUUUCUGAUUUCUUUCAAUAAAAAUUUAAAGGGAAAUCAUCUUUCAUAUGAAACCCGAGAUAAUUUAAAAAAAAAACUUAAAACUUUUAAAAUGUAUUAAAAAAUAUUUAAUACUUAAAGAAUUCUAUGGCACUGUAUUUAAAUAAAAAAAAACGAAGAUUUUCCUAAAAAAAAUCCAUUUUAGAAGAAAAAUUAAAUUUUAUUCGCGAAUAAAAAAUUAAAACUAAGUUGGGCCCAAUAUGUCAGAGACAAUAUUAAAAAAAAAAUAAAAAAGGAUGUGAAGAUAAUUAGAAUAAAAUUAAUUAAACAAUGAUGUACUUAAGGUGUGGAUAAAAAACAUUUUCUUUCCUAUUUAGUAGAUUUUCUUUUUAACAAAACAAGAGGCUGUAUUAUUUUCCAGUUAACACAAUUUUUUUUUAGUAAAAGUAUUACCGUAAAUUAGAAGUAUUUAAAUUUAAAUUAAUUUUUGUAUUAUUUUUAAAUUAUUCUUAAUAAGACUUGACAAAUUUCUCUUCUGCUACGGCGGAGAAGAAUAAUUUAAAAACAAUUUGUAAAAAAAAUGAGCUCAAAAGUUUAAUGAAGUUAAUUAAGAAUUUAUUUUUUAAUUUAUAUAAUAUUUCAUUUAACAUUCUUCUACAAUUUAAUUUUCAUUUAAAACAUUAAAUGAGUGAUAAAUGAGAAAAUGCAACUUUGUGUUUUUGGUGCAGCAAAAGUUAAAAAAAUAUGAAAAUUAUAUAAACUUUAAUGCUGUAGAAUGUAAUGAAUUUAAUUAUAUAAUAAUAUAUAUUUAUCAAAUUUAAUAUGUAAAGCAGAUUAAGGAGAAUGAAUUAAAUAAAUUCCAUGCAUUCUCUUGUGCAGUA